ACACGCUAUAAAUACUCCACACGCUAACCUUGGCCGUGAAUGUGUCGUGCUGUACAUACCCUUUAAUAUACUGUGUUCACCGUCGACGAAGAACCACAUUUUAUAAAAAAAAAUUAACCAUGGCUCAGUAUCCCGAAAAGGGCGGCGCGCCAUAUCCCCCGCAAUCCAUGGGCUACCAGUAUCCCAUGCCGCCACAGGCGGGAACGGCGCCCAUGCCGUAUCCGCCCCAGGCCGGGGGCUUCAUGCCGCAGUCCAGUGUGGCUGGUGCUCCGCCGCCCUACACUCCCAGUGCCACGGUCCCGGGAUACCAGCAGUAUUACCCCCAGAUUCCGGCCACCCACAUGCCGCAGCAUGGAUACGUCACACCACAACAGCCGCAGUACUUCCGGCCACAGGCCCAUAUUAUACACCAUGGCGGAUUUGACGGCGGCGCCCGGUUUGAUGGCAGUACAAGCGCUUCAGUUCCGCCGCCUCCACCGGGUUGUAUGCCGAAUGCCGCGCAGAUCGCGGCGGUCCAGGGUGGAAACGUCACCGUCACACAGAAGCAGCAAGCGGACUUUUUUAAAGGCAGCGGUGGCGGUGGUUACACAUUCUGGUGAACAUCCUUAAUGCUCGACAGCAAACCCGGCGACACCGGACCGCCACUAAUGUGUUUAUGACGAAUUAGCAAUAUACAGUAUGUAAAAUAUAUUUUUCGUACAAUAUGAAGAUAAAUGUUCUUUUUCAAUUUAAUUCACCCACCAGCGGACGGGUAUGAUGUUUUCAUAUUUCUGCUUAUGGUUACCCGAUCACCACUGAUUAACUGUGUCAGUGUCUUCGCCGUGGCCGCACUGUUGUCGCGCAUCAUACACAAAUGCAUUAGAAGUAAUUAAUAUACGAUUACAUCG